AAGAAAUAAAAAGAAGUGAACGAAGAUAAAUCGAUUUAAUUGAGAGUGGAAAAAUUACAAGAUUUUCCUUAUUCAAGUGUUUUUACUUUUGCUUUGAAUAUAUGUAUAAUGUCCAGUUACCGCCCACGACGAACACGCAUUUAUGGCGCCAACUAUGAUAUUGGCGAAAGCUCAUACAAGAAAUUGCUAGAAAGCUUAGACAAUAAAAGAGGAGUCGGCAGGAGCACAGAUUCUCAUGUUUCUUUUGGACGCGAAACUAGUCUGCCACCGAAAGUAACAUUUUCGCAGGACGAAGAUGAUUUCGAUCGUGAGAAAUAUAGAGCCUCACUAAGAGCCAAACUGCAACUGGACGAUGAAGACACUGAUGUUUUGGGCUCCACACUCAAACAAUCGAAGUUGAGACUUGCGGAGAGAAGCAGAUUAUUAGAUGAAGACGAAGAUAUUCUGGGCUCCGCCUACAAACCAUUGAAGUUCAAAGGUUUAGAUGAAUCUUCUGCAGCUAUGGAAACAUCAUUGAAAUCUUCACUUAAAUUCAGAGCUUCUGCCGAACCUUUCGAAUCCUCUUUCAAAUCGUUGAAAUUGAAUGGUUCCGAUGAGCCAGCAUUCGGUGAAAGCAUAAAACAAAGAGCGCUUAAAGCAAUUGAUAGAUCUGCCGGAGCGAGAUCUAUCUUGGAUGACUUAGAUGAUCAGGAGGCCAGCACGUUCUCUUCCAGACGCAUUAAGAUUAGAAGUGAAAAUGUUCUUAUGGGCGAUACCAGUACCACAACCGAAGCUUCCUCACGUAUGAAGGCCACAAAAGCUCGCCUUGCUGAUCUCGAGUCAGAAAUGUCUUCGAUUAGUGAAAAACAAAGCGAACGGGAGAAGCGUAAACAUAAUUUAAGAAAAUUAUUGAAUGAAAGCGAAUCCGAUAGCUUUAGAGCCAUAGAAAUGUAAUUGUUUUAAUGUUGUGUUAUACGAGUACGUACUAAAAAAAAAAAAAGAAUUGUGGAAAAUAAAGUGUUUAGGUAAAUGUCAAAGUGAGAUUAUAACGAA